GAUUAUUGUAUGCACGCCCCUCCCAACUAGACUCUGCUACUCGUUGGAAAAGCACGCCCAAUCGAACUCGGCUAUGGAGUCGGUAUUUCCGUCGAGUCAGUCGGUACAUGUGGUAUGUACUUUUGUUGAGCCAUUUCCGGUGAAAAAUGAACAAGAGAAGAAAUAUUAGUAGAGAGAGAGAAAGAGGAGAAACAAGAAACAAAGAGGAGAAACAAGAAACAAAGAGAGAAAAGAAAAAGAGAGAAAUAAAGAGAGAACGAAAGAAACACAAGUACCGGUAAUUACCCAAGCAAACACAGUGUCUAAUGGCUCUGUGCCCGCAGCUCUUCUUCAUCAUAUAGCGGUAGCUCUUCAUUGGCAAUAUGUCCCUCCGCUGCACGUGGCGACAACUGUUGCAACUUGUGCUGGACACAUGCGGACGGAUGCAUUGACAUCAAUGAGACACAAAAAUGUAGCGUGUGUCCCAUUGUCAUAUCCCACAAGCAACACUGUAGUCUUAUCACUUACAGAGCAACAUAUCUAUACAAUCAGAAAUUUUACUGCCAGGAAAUACUAAGAAAGCAAGCAUCUCCCCUAGAUCCCGUAUGUCUGUUGUCUUACCAUCAGCUGAUUAGCAGAUGUGGAGGUAUCGUGUCACACCAUGUGGAUCAUCAUCUCUCUAACUUUUCUCGCAGCCAGUCUUACUGCUAAUCUCCUAGAGUUUCUUGCGUUUGUGAUCAUCCGACCGUUUUCUGUCUCCUUCUUUCGCAGAGUGAACGCCUAUCUUUGCUAUCUGCAUUGGAGUAUAAUCCCGUGGACUCUUAAUAAUUGGUGUAAUCUGGAGCUCAGGAUUUUUGGCGUUGCGGAAGAUAUUGAGAACAUCAGACAGGCAAACACGUUCACAGUAAUAAAUCACCGAGGAGACCUUGACUGGAUGGUAGGAUAUUGUGUUUGUGACCGCAUCAAAACAUUGCAGGCAGUAAAAUCUGUGAUGAAAAGCUUUGUCAAAUAUCUGCCUACACUUGGCUGGAGCUUCUGGUUCUCUGAUUAUGUGUUUUUGAAAAGAAGCUUUGCACAGGACAAGCACUGUUUACAAGCUGCCACUAAACAAUGGGUAUCAUAUGACUUUCCUUGGAUGGUUAUUUUGUUUGCCGAAGGUACUCGGUUCACCGAGGAGAAGCAUCAGAAAAGCUUAGAAUAUGCAAGCAAAAUGGGAUUGCCCAAAUUGAAAUAUCACCUGAUGCCUCGAACAAAGGGAUUCAACUUGAUUAUGAAAGAAAUCAAAAAUCAUGUUACUGCUGUGUGUGAUGCCACAGUGACAUACCCACGUGGUGUUCCUUCGAUAUCAAACUUCAUUCGGGGAGAAAAAGUGUAUGCUGAUGUUAACAUGAGGAUGAUUCCAAUCAGCGAGGUACCUGUGGAGUCCGAAGAGGAAUUAAGUUCAUGGCUGAUUAAUCUAUACAAGGAAAAGGAUGACCUUGUUGACUAUCAUCACAAUCAUGGACGGUUUCCAGCUAGUAUUGUUGACUUUCCCCCUCGAUUUAUGUCGACUGUCGUCAUGACUGUAUGGAUUGUACUGCUGGUGGUUCCUUUUGCAUUUUAUGUGUAUACUGUUGUGAUUGCUGGAGCAUACUGGACAUUGGCAAUACUAGCGAUAAUUAUACUUGCAGCUCAGCUUGGUAUGCGUCUCUUGAUGACGGUGAGCGAGGUGCCUAGAGUUGCAGAAGUGAGAAAGAAAGGACAGUGACUACUGAUGAUGCAGAGACGUUUCUCAGACGUGGACAGCAAGUGAUUGAUUAACAAAAUCAAAGCUUUAUUUGAUCAAUACCCACAAAAGUUCCAUGAUAUUGCAUGCCAGAGCACAAGUUUUGGGUAAAUAUUUUCCCAAAUUUGAGUUAUGAUGAUGAUGAUGAUGAUGUCAUAAAUGUGCACUGUAUGCACACUGAUAAAUGUCACCAUUGUGUAAUAAAAAUUAUUGGAUUGAGUAGCCAAGACACAGUACUAUGUAGGUAAAU